CCAGACGCCGACACCUCCGCGUCCCCAAGGGCUUGACCGCCUGCGUUCGCGCCGCGCCCGGGGCAGAGCUCAGGACAGGAGAGGGGAGGGGGCGCCACGGCCGGCCGGGCCCUCCAGCCACCCACCCCUCGCGACAUGUCGCGCUCCUUCUAUGUCGACUCGCUCAUCAUCAAGGACUCCUCACGGCCCGCGCCCUCGCUUCCUGAGCCGCACCCCGGGCCAGAUUUCUUCAUCCCGCUGGGCAUGCCAUCCCCGUUGGUGAUGUCCGUGUCCGGGACGGGCUGCCCGUCCCGCAAGAGCGGUGCGUUCUGCGUUUGCCCGCUCUGCGUCACUUCGCACCUGCACUCCCCUCGGGGGCCCGCGAGCUCCAACUGCGGGAGCGCAGGGACCGGGAGUGCCGGGGCCGGGGGUGGCGGGGCGGCGGCAGCCGCCGGGGCGUUGCCCCUGCUCAAGAGUCAGUUCUCUUCGGGUCCUGGGGACGCACAAUUUUGCCCGCGUGUGAGCCACGCGCACCAUCACCACCACCCUCCGCAGCACCACCAUCACCACCACCAGCCCCAGCAGCCCGGCGCUGCAGCGGCGGCGGCUGCGGCGGCGGCGGCGGCGGCCGCGGCGGCCUUGGGGCACCCGCAGCACCACGCACCUGUCUGCACCGCCACCACCUACAACGUGGCGGACCCGCGGAGAUUCCACUGCCUCACCAUGGGGGGUUCGGAGGCCAGCCAGGUACCCAAUGGCAAGAGGAUGAGGACGGCGUUCACUAGCACGCAGCUCCUGGAGCUGGAGCGGGAAUUCUCUUCCAAUAUGUACUUGUCUCGACUCCGGAGGAUCGAGAUCGCCACGUACCUGAACCUGUCAGAGAAGCAGGUGAAAAUCUGGUUUCAGAACCGCAGGGUGAAGCAUAAGAAGGAAGGGAAGGGCACACAGAGGAACAGCCACACGGGCUGCAAGUGCGUCGGCAGCCAGGCGCACUACGCGCGCUCAGAGGAUGAGGACUCCUUGUCGCCGGUCUCGGCCAACGAUGACAAGGAGAUUUCCCCAUUAUGAGGGAGGGCUGCCCCACC